GUUUCCUUUCUUUUCGAAAAGAGUUAUGGAUUACAGCUCAUCAAUCAAGUUGUACAAUACUUCCCCGAUCACUGCAAUAUGCUUCGACCCCUCAAGAAGAGAAGUGAUAACUGGGUUUGAGGGUAUAAAUUUUAUUUAUUACCAGCUUUAGACGGCGGAAUUGUGUACUGGGAUGUUAUAAUCGGCCGGAAAGUUAAAAAUCUUAAUAUCCACACCUCGUGGGUCACAUCGAUUUACUAUUGGUAUGUAACGAACCACUGAUUAUGAAAAUAAAUGACAGGGAGUCAAUGAAAACUGUCAUAACCAUGAGUCAUGAAGGUAUCGUUGCGUUUUGGCAGGGACUGUUAUUAAUCGAUUGGUAUAAUAUAUACCGGCCAGUUUACACUUGUUUGGUCGUUGAUAACUUGAAAGAAUUUAUUUGCGGAACUGGUAACGGAUUAUUAAUAUUUACAAUCGAUAAACACCGUUCGACAGGAAAGUUUCUUAAUGUUCAUGAGAAGAGGCAUCUGAAAGGACAUGCGGAUGUGGUACGUUGUCUAGUCAGCUUUGAAAGCCGCAUCUUCUCAGGGGGAUUUGAUGGUCAAAUUAUUGUUUACGAUACAUGUGGUAAAUUAGAUCCGACAACUAGAAUUUUACUGAAGAUCCCCAGAGCACAUGAUGGAAUCAUAUCUUGUUUAGUUAAAGCUCACAAUGUAUAUGAUCAUCAAAAGUUAGUGAUCAGCGGGAGUUUUGACAGACAUGUAAAAAUCUGGAACGAUGAAGGACAAUUGAUGCAUGUAAUUGAAAACUUCAGUAAUGUUAUAAUCAGCAUAGCUCAUAUCCCCACUACUGAUACAUUUUGGGUCACGUCAGGAAGUUGUCAUGCUAGAAUAUUCGAUGUUCAAACAGGUGAAGACGUAACAGAAUAUGUUAAUACUUUUAUGAAUUGGGAAAAACGUCCUUAUCAGUUACGUUUGAUCACUUUUUGCCCAGACUUAAAUAUGAUAGUUGGUUCUACAAGUCGUCAGUAUUUAAUAGUCUGGAAGUACAACAGCGAGUCAAGUGCAUUAACACUUAAAACAGAAAGUGGAAUCCAGUGUUUGUGUGCAAGUUACAAACCACCCUUUUCAAUAUUUUCUUCUGGAUCCAAUAAUCAUCUUUCUAGAUGGGAACGUAAAGGUCAAACCCAUUUCUCAUAUGUUCGACAAGAAGAAAUGAUACACGAGUCAAUUGAUAAAAAAUUAUCUGAAUGGUUACAAGAGAAAUUACGUACACAAGCUGUACAGACAAAAGAAAUAGAAAAAUUAAAAGCAUCAUUACCCAAAACGUUAUUAUUACCCAAUAAUAGUAAUAUGUAUUCAGCUAAACGGUCAAUGACUCCCUAUACAUAUCUUCAAAGUAAAUUACCAAUUGGAAUAAAAUCUAGACAAAAUACAGUGGCCAUGAUCAACUGUCAAAACUCAACUGCUUAUAAUACAAAAGAAAUAGUACUUAACAAGAAACGGUCAAAAAAUUUCCUUAGGAUGAUUUAUAUAGACGAACUGGAUUUUGUAGUUGCAGCCUGUGAAGAUGGAGUGGUUUAUGUCCUUGGUUACGAUUUGCAAGCAACUAAAAAAUUCUUAACUGAUGCAUUAUGUAACGAUGGAAAUGAACCAAGAAGUAAUUUUAAAACACCCAAUGAGAUGAAGUCACAAAGUAAUGUUACAAAAGAUUUCAGGGAAAUAAUUUUAAAUUCACCAAAACUGUUGAAGAUAUUCAAUAAAUUAAGAGGAACUGAUCAAGAAGUGGAAAAUACAGACGCGAAUAAUUGCACAAGUGAAGAUUUGAGCCCGGAAAUGAAUAUGCAGUCAAAUCCUUUGAUAACAAUGGCUGAAGAUAAACAGACUUUAGAAUCUGUUAGUCGACAUUUAUUCGGAAUGAAAUGUCGUUAUGUAUUGGUUGAACAUAAAGAUUCAGUAACGUGCCUUUUAUAUAUAGAUUACAAAAUGCAUCCUAUUCACCAAUGGAUUCUGCUUACUUCUGGAUGGGAUCGUUGCAUAUGUAUAUGGAAUUUAAAAUCUGGCAAAUUAAUUGGUAAAUUCCUCGAAACACAAUCCUUGGACCAAAACCCUAGCCAGAAAGCCUCCAAAGGCGCAAUAUUAGACAUGGCAUAUAAUUCUGAAUUAGAUAUUUUUGCAUAUGCAUGCUCUGAUUGCCUCAUCUAUGUUCGCAAAUUUUCUUUAAAUGGGAAUGAAAUGCACUUGCAAACAAAAUUAAUUGGACAUAAUGGACCAGUAAAUUGUAUUGUAUUUAAUCCAUCAAAUGUAGAAAAUGGUAAUCAAGGUGAAUGGAUAACUGGUUCCGAUGACUGUACUAUUCGUAUAUGGAAAACGGUGAAUGAAGGAGAAAUAUGCCGAUUAACUCUGAAUGCAAAUGGUCCAAUAACGUGUCUUCGUUUAGAUUUUAAACGCAAUAUUUUACUUGCAGGAGUUGAUAAAGAAAUUAAAAUUUAUGAUCUGCUAACUGGACAUGUUUAUCGAAAUUACAAAGGUCAUCGUGAUAUAAUCAGGUCUAUAAUUAUAUUACCGGAAGAAGAUGAGUACGUAUCCGCAAGCGCUGAUGGUCAAAUCCGUAUAUGGAGUGCUUGGAAGGGUAACCGAAAUCAACCAACAAUUGUUUCGACAGAUCAAGAAUCAGCACUUGCUGCGGCCCAAUUGGCAGCUGUUAAAUUAUCCCUAAAUCCAGCAGCAUCACUCGGGGCAGCCGCAAGAGCAUUCAGUAAAGCAGGACGAUUCAGAUGCAUUGUUGAAUGCCUAAUGAGACAUCAACGUGUGGAAUAAAUAAUACGAGCAUUUCGUACGGUAAUCAGAACAUCCAAGACACUUUUCAAUAUUUUGUAUUGCUUUACUCUUUAAAACAGUAAUUUUUUUUAUACAGAGAAUAUGAUUUUGUAAACAG